AAUAGAAAAACAAAGAAACAAACAAAAAAGAAAGAAACAAGGGUUUUGUUUGUUUAUUUCCAAAAUUGAUAAUUUAUUAGCUCCUCCAUUGAAGAAGCAAAAGCAGUAAUUGGAGAACCAGAUGCAACCGACACCUGGCGGUAGAAGUAGCAGUGGCGGUGGUGGUAGUGGUGAACUGAGUGGAGGUGGUGGACUCGCUCGGUUCCGCUCAGCUCCUGCCACCUGGUUAGAAGCACUUCUCGAAGAAGAAAAACCAGUAGACCAAAAAGAAGAGAAAGAAGAAAACAAAGAAGAAGAAGAAGAAGAAGAAGAAGAAGAAGACGAAGACGAAGAAGACCCAUUAAAGCCAACCCAGAGCUUAACUCAGUUACUUGCUUCCUCUGCCGAUCCAAGCCUCUUAGUCUUCGACUCAAACAUAUUCAGACAGAACAGCUCUCCAGCUGAGUUUUUCGGGAAUUCUGAUUCCGAAACCUACUUCUCCAACUUUGGUCUUAACCCAAACCCACCAAAUUACAACAACUAUGACUCCCACUCCAACUCCAACACUUUUCAUGGCGGCGGUGGUGGUGGUACUGCCACAAAGCGCUCUAGGGAGCUCAACCACCACUUCACUGCAAAGUUCCCAUCUCAUCAUCAACUGAAAGGAGAGCAAAGUAGCGGUGGUGGUGGAGUUGGUAGCUUCAUAGAUAUGGAGAUGGAAAAGCUUUUGGAGGACUCAGUUCCUUGUCGGGUUCGGGCAAAGCGAGGUUGCGCUACUCAUCCUAGAAGCAUUGCUGAGAGGGUUCGAAGGACUCGGAUAAGUGAUCGUAUAAGAAAGCUUCAGGAGCUGGUGCCCAACAUGGAUAAGCAAACAAACACUGCAGAUAUGUUAGAAGAGGCAGUAGAGUAUGUUAAGCUUCUUCAAAAGCAGAUUCAGGAUCUCUCAGAGCAACAACAGAGAUGCAAAUGCGUGGUCAAAGAUUUCACAGAAGAAAGUAUUAAAGAAUAAAGAUAGCUCCCACAGUCCUGUGUAAUUAUCUAAUUUUGAGGUUUCAGCCAAGCUUCAUCAUGGUAAUUUGCCACUAAUAUUCUCUUUUCUCUCAAAUAUUCACCUUGUAAUUACAAGAUCUAGCACUCCCCUUCUAUAUAGAUUUCAGUUUUCAUAGUUUAGUCUAUGAUCAAGAAUGUUUGCUUCAUCUUGUCAAAACUGCUCUUUGAAGUUUGCUAUGGUUGUGAUUUCGCUUGGAAAAAAAAAAAGAAAAAGAAAAGAAAUGAAGAAGUUAUUGUGAUAGUACUUGUAAAUUAAUGCACACAAUAAUAUAUUAAUUCAAUUGCUGCACAACGUUCUUUGUUUAA